AUGGCUUCUCCUCCGCCCAAGGCGAAAACUUUCGCAUCAAUUGUUUCAGAUUCAAUUGAAUCAUCGAUGUCUCUAAGCCAACUACCUGCACCGAUUGUUCGCGGAGAUAAAACAUACAUUAAGAUCAAUGAGGCUCUGUAUCAGGAGCAAUUGAAAAUUUUCAAAACCAACCUUCUUGGUCGUCUACUACUCCAUAAAGGCUCUGCACCUUUGAAGACCACUGAUCUCAAAGGUAUGCUUAACACUCUGUGGAAGCCCUCCGCUCCAUGGCGUCUUGUUCCACUGGGGAAAGGAUAUUUUGACAUUCACUUUGCCACCGAGUAUGAUCUGCGAAGAGUUUGGGGAGGGGGUACAUGCACCCUUGCUACUGGUAUUUUCAGAUUGGCUCAAUGGAAGCCAGAUUUUGUGCCUGGAGUUGUUCUCCCACAGACCCAUGCUCAACUUUGGGUCAGAUUUUAUGGUUUGAGCCAAGACUAUUGGCAUCCUCAACAUCUAAUGGAGAUUGCUCAUGGAGUGGGCACUCCAUUGCAAUUAGAUCGGGCUACGAAGGAGCGUGAGUUUGGCUAUUAUGCCAGAGUUUUAGUAGAUGUGGAUCUUGCCAGGGAUUUACCAUCUUCGUUGAUGAUAGAGCGUGAAAAUCAUUGUUUUCCCAUUGAAGUGGUCUAUGAAAAUUUGUGCACCCAUUGUGGUUUGGUCGGCCAUACUGCUGAUCGUUGUAAGCAACUAAACGACAAGGAGCAAACGACCAAGAAACAGCGUGAGAAGACUUCUAAGCCUUUGACUACUGUAGUUCGUCAGGAGUACAAGGUAAAGCGUAAUGUGGUCACAUCUGAUGUUAGGCAUGAUAUGCAGACUGUCCAUGCUUCUCCACCAAACAUGACUAAUGGAAUUGUUACGAAGGAUCAACAUGCUGCUCUAACUAGUGAAGUUGCUCAUGUGCAUGGUUUGGUCCAAAGCACUCCAACUAUAACAGUUGAUGACGACUCCCCUCGGGUCCAAUCUUCUGGAAGGGAAUUGGUAGAAAUUGCUUAA